AUGACAAUAGUGAAUAAAUUUGCGGCGGAUAAUUUAAAAUGCGGAAUACUAGCAGGAAGCAAGGCUGAGGGCGUAUCCUGUGCUGAUGAUCCAGACAGUGAUAUUGAUAUGAUGAUAGUGAGGAAACAAUUCGUUUGCUGUGAUGAUUUACAUAAAUCUGACUUUGGUCACGAUAAGGUGGUGCUUGAAAUGGCGAGGGACAGUACUGCUCCUGGUUAUACCAGGUUGAAGUGUAAGAGCUCGGACAGGGAGAGGAUUGUUAAAUCCCAUCAUAUGGUCCAUAAGCUCGAAGGUCAAAUGUUUGUUGGUCAUCUACUUAAUGAGGAUCACCUAUCAAGCAGAUAUGAAAAAGAUCACUUUGACAUUAUCUCUGGACCGGCAUUUUCAUUUGUAUUUUCUUUAUCUCAUACCUAUUUUAAAACAAACUUCAAUUUUCCUGUAGUACCCAUAUCAGUGGAUAGUGUAGAAUCAGCAAUUUCUUGCAUCUGCACCGGACAUCUACAGAAGUGGAAAGAACGAAUGAGGUUUAACAGCUGGCCUGGCCAGGAGUUAAUUGAGGAAAUUUCUCAGAUGAAUGGACAUGUAGUGCCAGUAGGCUAUAAGGGAAGUGAGCAUUAUCAUCUACAGUGGAGAAUCUGUUACACUGAAGCCGAAUUAAAAUUGAUACAUUCACUGAAUGAAGUACAGCUGAAACUCUACGUUCUCCUUAAAAUGGUAGCAAAGAAAAUAUUGAAACCUAUUUGUUCAGAAAUAUCAUCGUACAUUAUGAAAAAUUUGUUAUUCUGGUUUGCUGAAAGAAGCCCGGCAUACAGAUUUAAGAACGAAAAUUUGAUGGGUUUAUUAUUUUUGUCAUUAAGGUCUUUGCAACAUUGUAUACACAAGAAACGCUUGUCAAACUACAUGAUACCAGACAGGAAUCUAUUUGCUGGGCGAUUUGAUGAUGACACUAAGACACGUCUGGUAGAAGAACUUCAUAAGCUGAUAUAUGUACAAGGGCUAUCAUUUUACCUACAUUAUGAAGGCUUUGAACAACUCAGUUCUGCAAUUGCCAAAGCCAAGUCAGCUCUUUUGCAGAAAGACUUGAAACCAAACUCUAUCGAAACCACAAUUUUGUCUACAUAUACUCGUAACUUUCUGCAGAAAGCAGUUCAAUAUGCAGACACAGGUGAUGUAGAAUUUCUGACCACUGUCUUGAAUGAACUAACCGAAGAACAAAUAGAGCGUAAUAUCUGUGACAUACAAAUGUUAGUCUGCUACAAAUAG